CGUCGGUAAUAGCUACUUUAUGCGUGUCACAAAGGGCACGCCGUGAUUUCCGUAGUACGCCGCAGUACACCCCUUCCUUCCCUUGUUCGGAGAACUUUCCUAGUGCGGUGUCUGGUGAAGCGUCGCGUCGUUUGCGCUGAUUAGGCGUAUUUUGACUGUAAAAGAAAGUGUGACUGGGUGAUAAUUAGCGGGAGAGUGUGAUUAUUCUUUCCUAAAGCGAAGUGUGACGGCGGUACCAUGUUUGAUGUGUUCGGAUCCGUGAAGGGUCUGCUGAAGCUAGACCAGGUGUGCAUCGAUAACAACAUCUUCAGGCUGCAUUACAAAGCGACGGUCAUCAUCCUAAUAGCGUUCUCGCUGCUAGUCACCUCGCGACAGUACAUCGGUGAUCCGAUCGAUUGCAUCGUCGAUGAGAUUCCGCUCAACGUAAUGGACACAUACUGCUGGAUUUACUCGACGUUUACCAUCCCGAACCGCCUGACCGGAAUCGCUGGCAAGGAUAUCGUGCAACCGGGUGUCGCAAGCCACGUCGACGGUCACGAUGAGGUGAAGUACCACAAGUACUACCAGUGGGUGUGCUUCGUCCUGUUCUUCCAAGCCAUGCUAUUCUACGUGCCCCGUUACCUAUGGAAGACGUGGGAAGGCGGUCGGAUCAAGAUGCUGGUGCUCGAUCUCAAUAUGCCCAUCAUGAACGAAGAGGCGAAGGAGCGCAAGAAGAUCCUGGUCGACUAUUUCGCGGACAACAUCAAGGGACACAACUUCUACGCGAUGCGGUUCUUCUUCUGCGAGGUGCUGAAUUUUGUGAACGUGCUUGGUCAAAUUUACUUUAUGGACUUUUUCCUCGACGGAGAGUUCUCGACGUACGGUAGCGAAGUGGUACGUUUCACUGAGAUGGAACCGGAAGAGCGUGGUGAUCCGAUGGCCCGUGUCUUCCCAAAGGUGACCAAAUGUACGUUCCAUAAAUAUGGUCCCUCGGGAAGCGUGCAGAAAUUCGACGGACUGUGUGUGCUGCCGUUGAACAUCGUCAACGAGAAGAUCUACGUGUUCUUGUGGUUCUGGUUCAUUUUGCUCACCAUUCUGACCGGCAUCUCGCUGAUGUACCGCUUUGCUGUGAUCAUGAUGCCCAAACUGAGGCUGCUAAUGCUGCGCGCUCGCUCUCGGCUGUCGGGGCACGACGAGGUGGAAUUGAUCGCUUCCCGGUGCCAGAUGGGCGAUUGGUUCAUAUUGUAUCAGCUGGGCAAGAAUAUCGAUCCACUUAUCUACAAGGAGAUCAUCUACGAUCUAGCCCAGAAGGUCCAGGGCAAGGAGAUCGUAUAAUGAGGAGGAAAUCGAAGGAAGGAUGGGCUGAGUAAAAGGAGCAUGAGCUGAACGUGAAUCAUCGUUCGGCUGAAAAAUGCAUCCGCUCCAGUACAUCUUUGUCUUCCCACCUUCACCCCUAUCUUCUCCUCCGUUGACAACACCCCCAACAGGCUACAUUUCCUUUCCUUCCCUAUCAACCCGCCCGAUCGAGUAGAAAAGCCUGAGAAGAGAAAUGCCGAAUGAAUCAUUGAACUUAAAUCUACUCUGGCAAACGUCUCUGCAUCAUCGUCAUAUUUCCCCAAUCCGAAUUCGGAUAGGAUACCGAAACAUCAUGCUCCGAGUUCGAAGAAGCAGCGAAAAGGCAGUACGAUUUGCGAGGUUGAGAAGAUGUCGAAGAUAUUCAAACCACCCGCACCAACCAGCCAGGUCCAGCAUCUUCAUCGCACCGAGAAGUCAAGCGAGGCAGCAGAGAAUACACGAAUCAUUUUAUGCCGUUUUUGCUUCAUCGUCUUUCGUCGAUCUCUUUCGGCCGUGAUACCGUGGAGGAUAGAACUCAGUUCAGAUUAUCUAUCAGACGGUAAAACGCACACACAACUCACAUUUCUUUCUGAUAACUGGAUCGUACUACAAACGAAAGAAACCCAUCGCCAAGAUUAUGGCUUAGCUGUGGAAUCAACCGUUCGAUGUUCGACCCUGAAAGGAGCUAGCAGAAACACAGGCUGCUCUCGUCUGUUUUGGAACCCACCUACGAUACUGUGCACUGUAUUUUCUGUUUGUUUUAUUUUAGUGAACCUGCUGAAAAAGACAAUCGAGAAGCUGUUCCAUAUAAAACGCACGAAUGCGAACGAAAAAAAGACGAGAUGCAUACGAAGAUGUCAUAAAACUCGAAUUAAAAACAGUUAAUAAUGUGCACUGGAAUUGCUAGAACGAAACAAAAAGUAGAAAGGAAAAGAAAGACGAAAGCUUCGAAGACAAUAAGU